CUAAAAGACAGGUUGUUUCUGGAGAUUUGCACCACUCAGCAAAACAGGAGAGGCUGUCGAACUGUUCCCUCUAUUGAGCUAUAAAGAGUUGGAGCAGUUCUGCUGUGUUUAAAGUGGGCUCUGGCUCUCCCACUCUGGUGCUGGUUACAGACAGAUUCCCAGCUCAGGCAACCCCCAGGGUGUAAAGCUGGGAAGCAGUGAUCAGGCAUGGCAGGAGGCACAGAGAGCUUCUUUCGGACUGUCCUGCCCCAGAACGAUGAGGAAUACUCCAGCUUAGCUCUGCCUUCUGAUGAAAAGUUAAAGCUGUCGUUAUCCCAGCGACAAUAUGAAGACAAAAGCUUGAGACUCAGGCAGCAGGUCCAGCUGUCCAUGUCCCGUAUGACCAGGAAGUCACAGACAGAAUUUCAAAAGCGAACAUUCAGUGUUCCUGAUGAUGGGAAUAUCAAGUUUCUUAGAUCUAAUCUAUUUGAUUAUCCCACAAUGCCAGUACAAGGGUCUCACAGGAUCAAGAAGGAAUUUAGUCAAUAUAAUACUUAUGGACUUGGACAAACACUGAGAAGGCCACCUGCAGGACUUUCAUCACAUACCAGAAGAUUCGAAUUAGAGGGUUUACAGAGUAUCACAAAUAAACCAACACAGAGGAUAGAGGUUUCUCCUGAAAACAGUCCGUAUCUAAGCCGUGCUCACAUUCGCACGGUUCCCAGAUAUGCUUCAAGAGGAACCAUCAGGAAGGACAAUACAAUGCUCCAUAAACGGUGUGUCAGCUACGACAACGCAAUCGGAGGGAGACUCCACAUUAAUGCCCGGCCCAGUUUUCCCACUCGUUUAAAAUAUUCUCGAACGGAAACUCUUUUAAAUUCAAGGCCCGUUGAGAAGAGAAUGCCUUUCCAGAUGUCACAGAACCACAUAGUGAGAUUACGUAAAGAGCCCGAGAUCUACAAUAGUGCCUUUAUGCAAAAUGAUUGGGUCAACCCUCCUGCGACUGUUGCUCCUAAUUAUAAUCAAAGCAUGUCCAGGAUGAGAGCUUCUGUCCUGAGGUCACGGAGACAUAUAGCGUCAAGGAAUAGAGAGUUCGAGAUCCACAAUAGUGGUUUUGUGCACAAUGAGCCUAUCAUCCCUCCAGGCCUUCCUUGUCUUAAUCAAACCAUGCCCUUGAUGAAAUCUUCUAGUCAGGGUUCACAGAAAUUUACAGUGACCGCAACUAUAGAGCCUCAGACCCCCGAUAGUGUUUUUGUAGACAAUGUCCCAACUCGUGCCCCAGUAACUGUCACGUCUGGUCUUAGUCAAAGCAUGUCUAACCUCUACGACAAAAAUCAUAUUACCAGCCUAGGCCAGAGGCCAACUGGAGUUUCCUUAAGCUACCAAGGUGCUGCUCACAUGAAACGAGAUGAAGCAUGGAAAAGAUUCAAUUGGUAUCAGGUGUCACAGAGACAAAACAACUUUACUGCCAAUAUUCCCGAAAACCCUGUUGUGCCACUUGCAGAGGAGAGCGAGACAGUUGCCGCACAGUCUUCUCAGGCUGUGAGAAAUGAUUUCCAGAUACAAGUCCAACCAGAAAACUUUGUUGAACUUCAGGCAACAGAUGCAACUGAUUCAGAAAGUGUUUAUGGGGAAGACAUUGCAUGGACUAUGGAAACUGCAGUGGAUGCCUUGACCAAUGAUAACACUGACUACACGCUGUAUGGUGCAAAUUUCAUUCAGCACGAAUGUUUCCAAAGGCCUGAAGCAAAGAAAGAGCUUUAUAAUUUAAAUGGAUUUGAAAAACUUGUGGCACUCCUGAAAGAUGAAAAUGUUGAAAUUCAAAGGGCUGCUUGUGGGGCGAUGCGCAAUGGUGUCUUUGAGGACAAUGACAACAAGAUCGAGGUCAAGGAGCUAAACGGACUUCCUCAACUGUUGCAACUUUUGAGGCAAACAGAAGAUAUUGAGACACAAAAGCAAAUCACAGGCUUACUGUGGAACUUGUCUUCCAAUGUACAACUGAAAAGUGAUCUAAUCCAAGAAGCUCUAACCCCACUGACAACUUCAGUCAUCAUUCCAUACUCGGGCUGGCCUGACAAUGACAGUUGUGUGAAGAACACUUAUAUUGAUCCCGAUGUAUUUUUCAACACCACUGGUUGCAUGAGGAAUUUAAGCUCAGCUAGUCCAGAAGGUCGAAUCAAAAUGAGAGAAAGUGAAGGCUUGAUUGACUCACUCGUUCACUACAUUCAGUUCACAAUUGCUAAUAACCAAGAGAAUGAUGAGGCUGCAGAGAACUGCACCUGCAUCCUACACAACCUGUCCUUCCAACUGGAGGAAGAGCUGCCAAGCAGCUAUUCAGAGAGCUCUUCCUGGAAGCGCGAUACAUCAUCGAGCAAGAAAUCGUUUGGCUGCUUUGGAUCGCGCAGUACAAAGAUAAAACAGGGGAUAAGCAGUGCUCCAUUUCUGGAGGAGAAGAGAAAUCCUAAAGGUGUUGAAUGGUUAUGGCACAGCCUAUCGGUGAGGUUGUACCUGUCUUUAUUAGCGAGGAGCACAAGAAGUUGCACUCAGGAGGCAUCACUUGGAUCCCUUCAAAACCUGACCGCAGGCAACGGACCAAUGGGCUAUACUAUUUCUGAGAUUAUCACGUUGAAAGAGAACGGUCUCCAACACAUUAGGCGAAUGCUGUACUCACAGGAACCGGGAGUGCAGAAAGCUGCAGUCUCUUUGCUGAGGAACAUGUCAAGAAACUCUAAAGUCCAUGACGAGCUGGUUGGUAAGAUUAUGCCUGAUCUGAUUGCAAUACUUCCUGAAACGAACGACAAUUCCACAAUCCUCAAUGACACGGUGGCUUUCUCUUGUCACGCACUGAACAAUUUAAUCCAGAACAAAGUGUCAAGUGCACAAAAUUUUGUGCAGAAUGGAGGCUUGAAGAAAGUGGUAAACAUCAGCAAGAAUGACCAUAAUGUUAACACCAAGUCUGGUAGUGCUGCCGCUCAUCUGCUGUACGGUUUGUGGUUCCAUCGGGAUCUUCACCACAGUUACAAAAAGGCUGGGUUCAUAAAGACAGAUUUCAUCAACAACAGGACAACCAAGGCAUACCAUGCAACCCGCGAGUUCAGCAAAGGGAGGAAGUCAUCCUACUGAGAAUACACUGUGCCGAGAUCAGCUUGAUGUUAAAGAGCAAACCUGGAAAAUCAAAAGGAAAGCCUUUAAGUUCAGACAGUGAUGGUUAGAAGCUACAUUAGGGUUUACACUAGAAUAAUUACUCUGUAUGUGUGUGUGUGUGCUAUGGCUUCAUAUUGUUAAUAAAAUCUCACAAAUCUGCAUAUUAGGAGACAUCAUCACUUUUAAUUUGGAACAUCUGUAGAUGAAUGAUAUAGACCACUCAUUAUUUUUGUGAGGUAAGGAUAUCGAGGGAUAUGGGGCAAAAGCGGGUAUUUGGAGUUGAAA